AUGGCCGCAUUUUUAAGUGGCCCCUGUGUGACCCUGAGCGACCGGAGUAUUUCCUUUGUUGCUGCAACAAAAACAGAGGUUCGGGAAGCUUGUUGCAAGACUUCCUUGGAGCUAAGCGCAUCCCACGUGGUGGAGCUGCCCCCUGCUGCACCUGAAACCCAGACCCUCUGCUUCCCAGCAGAUGUUCCUCUUCCCUGCUGGCGGGCAGCCCGCGGGGUCGGAGUAGGCCUGUCGAAUCCCCACGCCCUUUGCUUCGCCAACGCGGUUCUUCAAGCGCUCGCAUACACCCCAGGCUUCGCAGACGACUGCAUCGAGGGCAUCCAUCGGCGCUCUUGCUUUGCUAGGCUAAGAGGGGUCACCUCGAAGGGGACCUCCGUACACCAGGGCUCGCACAAGGGGCCAGCCCCUGGUCUGGUCGCGAGCGACAAAAAGGCGGAGACGCAUGCUUGCGGCUCCUUCUGCGCCUUUUGCAAACUUGAACAGCAGGUGCUGGCGAUACACCGGAAGGAGGAAGGGGCCCCUAACGGCGGCCCUUGCAGGGGGCCCCGCGGUUGGGUUCCAAAUCAACUGGCGCCAUAUAUCAGGCCUUUUAUAUGGCGAGCCUUCAGGCCUGGGCGCCAAGAGGAUGCCCACGAGUUCUUCAGGUUUUUGCUGGACGCUUUGAUGAAGGCUCCUACUUCACCAGCCGCUGUAGCGUUGCAGCAACUGCAGCAUCAGCACCAGCAGCACGGAAAAAAGGAAAUGAAGCCUGAGGUAGCUCUCACCAGCUACUUUGGACGGUUGUUUGGCUGCUGGCUCCGCUCUUCGGUCGUCUGCUCCGACUGUGGGAGGGCUUCCGUGCGGUUCGAGAGCGCCAUAGACAUUCCCUUAGACAUUGGAGGAGGGGGCCAGGGGCCCCUGCCAGGGGCCCAUCGUGGCCCUGGAGGCCCCCGUUGGGGAGCCACACCCAAGCCAUGCACGCUUGAAAAGGCCCUAUCCAGGUUCAUCGCGAAGGAAACUCUCAGUGGAUGUAACGCCUACAUGUGUUCCCAAUGCAACAAGAAGGUCACGGCUUCUAAGCAGCUGCAGCUGUUCACGACUCCCCGCGUGCUGGUUUUUGCCCUCAAGAGAUUCUCGGUGGCCUUCGCCAAGGGCUGCGCCCUCCCAAUGAAGAACCACAGAGCCAUCGCCUUCCCUGCGAAGCUGAACCUACUUCCUUACGUUGCGCAAGACGGGGUUCAGGCACAGCAGCAGCUGCUGCAACAGCAGAUCCAGCAGCAGUGGGAGCAACUACAGCAACAACCGGAGCAGAGUCCAAAACUGCUUCCGGAGUCAGAAAGGUCGCCGAACUCCGCCGCAUCGACGACCGCCUCCUCCCCUAGCUCUUCUCCCCCACACUCCCCUUGUCCUACCUCCUUGGGUGUCUGUGUGGAUCCAAAAGCAACAGGCGCAGCAGCAGCCGCAAAGGAGUCAGCCGUCACUCAAAAGAGCAAUUUGACUUCUGCCAACAGGGCCGGCGUAAUGUCGGCUGCUCCGUCCUAUUUGUACCGUCUAUUUGCUGUUGUGUCUCACUCCGGAAGCUCACCGUCUUCUGGUCAUUACCGCGCCUUUGUAAGGGCCCCAAAGGCAACCAGCUGCACAGAUAGCCAGGACGGCGGGGGAGGGGACACCGCUAGCUGGCUAGCCAUAGACGACGAGUUGGUGUCAGUGGUUAGCGAGGCGGCGGUGCUCUGCCGUCUGCAGCAGGAAGCCUACCUUCUCUUCUACUCGAAGAUCCCCUCAAAGGGGGAGUUUCAACAGCAGGAGCUGAUGCAGCGCAUCAAGCUGCAGGAGAAGCAGCAGUCCAACAAGCAGCAGCUCAGGAACCAACAACGGCCCAUGCAACCUGAAACGCACUCGGAUGAGCUGGAAGAAUUUGAAUCCGAGAGUGGCCUUGACAGUAUGGAUGAGGCCGAGUUCAUCACUAGCGAAGAGGAAUGGAGCGACGACUGUAGUAGCAACUGGAGCAGCAACAGCGAUGGGUGCAGUAGUGAUUGCAGCAGUAGCUGCUCAGCAGAGCCCUCCUCUUGUGAUGCGGCACUCCCUUUUCUGCGCGAGUUGACACGGGUUCAGAGAAAACAGGAGCUGACCUUUUCCCGCAGGCGGAGGCUGUUGCUAACCAUCCGCUGCCACGCCCUGCUGAGGAGCCUUCAAAGGGUCCGCAGGGGCACUCCCGCGCGGCAACAACAGCGGCAUGCGAGGCAGCAUCCAACUCAAGACCACCAUCACCUGAGACUGGAACCCCCAACGCCUGUGCGGCAGCACAAACAGCAGCAGCAAACGAGGAUAUUAUCCGUGAUGACGGAGGAGAUGAUGUUGGAGAGGAAGAAGGCCGCCGCAGGCCGAAAGCAGCAGUUCGGCUGCAGCGCAGCGAGGUCUUGGGAGGAGGACAGACUUCAAAGUAGUGCAGACGAAGUAGCAGCACCGAGUGACCAAGAGUUGUUCGAGAAGCUACAACUGCUGCAGCAGCCUUUGCCGAGCAAGCGUAGCAGACACGACAGAGAGUACGAUCUGGGCCGUGCAAAGAAGGUCAAGAAUCCCCUUAGCAACAAGAUCGUAGGCGCGGCAACCGUCAUUUCAACCCAAGCAGGCAGCGACACUGGAGCUUUCGUUGUGCAGCAGCGUGCCGCCUUUGAUGCCCUGCAGCAGAAGGGGAAAAAAUGUCGGCGGGGGACCAUGCCACCCCCUUCCCAGAAGAAAAAGAAGUCAGCAAAUAAGCCAGGGAGCCGUCGCUGCGAUACCCAGUUUAAAGAUGGUCCACCGGGAUACAACUGCGGACUCGGUGCAGCGUAUCAGAUAGCUAUACUAGGCACAGCACGUGCUGGAAAAAGACAAUUACCAUUGAGCGCAAAAACUUGCGUCCAUGGUAACUAUUACUGCGCAUCCAAGAAGGCCGCAUUUUCUCCCGCAGGCCCCGGAACGAGCAACUGCUCCUGCGGUAACCACUGGAUUUAG